GUAUUUUUAUCACCUGAUGGUAAAAUGUAUAUUACAUAGAUUUAUUCUUGCUAAAUCCAGUCGAUUUGUUGAAUAAAGUCAGGAUCAAUGUCUUCAAGAGGUAACAAAAUAACGAUCGCCUUUUUGCUGAUUGUGGUACUAGCGGUCUCGUUUUAUGAAGCCGAGGGGAAUACCAAGACUCCAUCCAACCUAGGUCUAGAUUUGUUUGGUAUCAAGAGCAAUCAUUUAACCCUUGCUCGUAAGGACAAUUUUACAAUCCGGAGAUGUACGCCAACCUUCUGCUGCCCCGGAAGACUACGCUGUUGUAAUAGCUACUUCUGCUGUGCAAUAGGGGGAAGUAGGAUACUUCAGAAUGCUCAACCGUGCUAAUCAACGAUGAGUUGAACUGCAAUUCGCCACGAUAAAUUGACAGGUUAAAAGUUCUAUGGAUUUAUUUGAAAUAAAAUAUUUUGAAAUAAUAAAAAAAAAUAAUACUCAAAAAUAUGCUUUCUUAAUCCAUUUUUUAUUUCAUUUUUGACUGUGAGGUUGUAAUGUUAUUGUAUGUAAAUACGUAAGUGCAAAUCGUAAAAAAAAAAAAAAUAUAACUGUAUAAAAUAUUUUGAUUUAAUUAAUUUGUAAAUAAUAUAAAUAAUAAAUAAAUUUGUUUAAUUACAUUUAAAAGGACUUUAGGAAUCACUUAA